AUGACAGACGCUGACGUUCCAUAUGGAGAUGGCACUCUAAGAAGAUCGAGCCUCGAAUCUUCCAUACGCGCUCUACAAAUCACUAAUGGUCGUGUAGAUAUUGCUCUCGAUUACCUUAACAAACAAUCAAUCGAUCCGUCCAUGGGCCAAAAGACAACUUCUCCAAGCUAUACGAAGCUUAUCCGCAAACAGAGCAUAGAACGGGAGCUAGGACUACCGAGAGGCAGUCCCGCUUUGGACAGUGGCGCCGGUAGUUCCCGUUCAGAUAGUCCUCGACUCAUAGCCGAUUUGCAUAGCCGGUAUUCGCCGAGUUUCAAUGAACCUCCGCCACCUCCUCCGCCUAGGAACACACCGCCACCUCCACCACCCCACGUCGGUAGCGGACCGGGUGCCUAUCAAGCUCCACCAGUGCCCAGUAAUGUUCAACAGAUGUUUAAACGCAUGUCGCCAGCACCAGUGGUACCGGCGAGAACUCAGACUGUUGGUCAAGGGUACAAUUCUCCGGCACUACAACAGCGAGGUACCAGCCCCGUAAGCAGUGUUUCCACCUCAUCAGGUCGACAACCGAUGGUAGUCCAAAACGGUCCCCAGGUGCAGCAACAACUUUCCCAACAAAUGCAAGCACUAAGCUUAUAUCAGAGUAGUACUGCGUCGACAUCUGAACCUCCUCCACCUUAUCCGUUGAUAUCAUCGAGUCCUGCCAAUGGUCCCCCUCCACCUCCUUCCUAUUCUGCUUCAAUACAAAAUAGGCAAAGCCCCACGCAGGAUUUUAGGAAAAGUCCAUCGUCUGGAAUCUAUUCGGGAUCAACUUCAGCCGGCUCACCUAGUCCUAUACCGGUAUGUGCAAUAAUUUAA